AUGGCAACCAUCCGCCCAGACGCCAUCAAUGUGUCUACCACACCCGUGCUAGCAACGAAAACACUACCCGCACCUCCUCUGGUACUCAAACCGGAAAAGAAGGUUACCCCGCGAGUUGACGUUGAGCCUCUGUACAACACAAUCAAGACUGCCGUUGGCGAUGCAUUAUGGCUUACCUAUAAAUCCGCGAUCCAACGAUUCCUCCUCGGAAACCUCAACCAAGAAGAGCUCACCACGAUAUUAGACCCCAUCCUGACCACCCCCGCGCUCGAGCAGGCGCACAAUCAAUUCAUCCUCGCUAUAUAUGCCAACAUUUGGAGAGAUGCGCCUGAGGCAGGAAUUGCCAGUUGGGCAGAUGACAAGGUGGUUGGCAAGGUCCCUGGUGCUGGGAGCAAAGGCACCAGUGCGGGACAGCGGGAUGAGACGGAGAAGAGACUGAAGAGCGAGGUGAUGGGAUUGUCGAGGCGGGAGAGAAAGAGGCUGAAGACGCUGCAAGACGACUCAAUGGACCCGUUUACUAGUAUCAUGACAGAAUAUUACGAUGCGAGAAGGAUCAAGCAGCCUGACACCGGCCCUGCUAGUGCUGGCGGCUUUUCAAAGACUAAUUGGGAAAUCGAGAUUCGCAAACGCUACACUGCUCCACUGUUCACCGAGACACACGAGUUUCCCGAUGCUAGCUCUAUACAAGCACGUAUGCUUCCCAUAUGUUACGAAAAUGGCCUUCCUUCUGGACACAGCACUGAUUGCGCCACUUUCGUCAAUGUCGCUACAGAGACAUAUAUCAAGGAGGCCUUGACGAACUUCUUCCAGCGUGUCAGUUCAAACGGACCUGGCUACGUCAGGACUGCAGAUUACAAGCGCAGGCUAGAAAGAGAAGAAGAGCGUGCCGCAAGAGGCGAUAUCAACAGGAGCCAGGACGGUCUCCUGCCCAUAGAGGUUGAGGAGAUGCGAAAGAGAAAGCCCCUAUGCAUGGCCGACUUGAAGAUAGCACUAGGGCUCGGCGACAGCUACCUCGGACAGGUUCCAAUUGUCUCUGGGGAGAUUGCGAAUAAGAUAUACCUCGAUUCUCCUGGCGUGGAGGAGCUCAACGAGACUCUGCAGACAAAGCCGGCAUCCACGCGGCCCGUCAGGCUGGCAGCCAACGCAAUCGAUGACAAAUCAGAUAGCCUACCAAACGGCUACCAAUUCGAAUUGGGCGAUCCCAUGGCAAUUGACGACGAAUUGACGUGGAGUGGAGGUGGCGUGCAAGACAGUCUUGACAUUGACAACGUCCUGGAAGGUUGCUUGGCUGUCACAGUGUAG